CAUAUAUAUAUAUAUUUUUUUCUUUUAGUUUAUGUACACCCACUAUUCCCAGAAUUACGUUUUUCUUCUUCUACAUUAAAUUCCCUAACCCCCUCACACGCUCAACACACCAAAAAAAAAAAAAAUGGCUCUCAAAUUCACCUUUAUCCUCGCCGGAACUCUCCUCACCGCCGCCUUCCUCCUCCCUACCUCCGCCGCACUCAGCGGCAAAAAAGGCGGCGGUUUACUCGGUGGUUGGAGUCCAAUAACCAACACGAAAGACCGUCAAAUAAUCUCCAUCGGAAAAUUCGCCGUAGAUGAGUACAACAAAGAGACCAAAUCGAAAUUAACCUUUAAAAAAGUAGUUAAAGGUGAAACACAAGUGGUCGCCGGAACGAAUUAUCGAUUGGUAAUUGUUGCUGCGAAAGAUGGAGGUUAUAGAAGCGGUAAGUAUUUAGCUGUUGUUUGGGAGAAGCCAUGGGAGAAUUACAGGAAUCUCACUUCCUUCAAAAAAUUAUAAUUAUAACGAAAUUAUAUAUAAAAUUUACGUACUUUCUAGAUUGCAUUUCACUAAGAAUAAUAUGUUUUAUUGAUUUUUUUUUUUUUUUAAGUAUGGAUGUUUGUGUAUUUUGUUAUUGUUAUGUUUUUAAUUUGUAGUUUUUGGAGUGUUGGAUUAACAAUAAAGUUUAUUCUUGUAUGAGUAACAAGAUACGGGAUAAAUCGGUUAAUAUUUUGUAU